UAGUUUGUAAAAGCUCUGGCUGGAUAUUAAAACUCGCGGCCAUGUCGCCCAACGGCGCACCACAGCUCUCGGCUCGCGCGGCCUACCUAUCUCUCGCACCAUCUAGCACCAGACCAGCACCGCCAGUCUGCCGCCCAGUUCGUGCAACAAGCGCCCCGCCUCGUUAUGGUCGUUCCGAGCAUGAAACAUCCUCAUGCCGCCCUGAUCCCCGUGAUAAGCGAACAAGGCCUCUCGAAUCUCCAGACAGACUGAAAUCUCAAAACAUUCUCAAAUCAUCCACUCGCUACACUCCGAGGACUUCGAAUCUUAACGGGUUUUCACCAUCCAGCCUCGCCGAAUCCCCAUACUGAUUUUUCUUUGCGCGAAUCUCUUCGGAGCGCUCGGGUUUAUUGCGCACGGGAUCUGGGACUCCGUCCGUUCGCCGUCCGCCACCGAACCGACGUUUCCCGUUAGAAGACGCCUGGCGUCAGUUCCUGUCGCGACGCCACGUGACGCGACGUUUCGGUCGACAGCUGGUGGGCAAACGUGGGUUGCGUCUCUCGCCACUCAGCCGCUCGCCGCUAAGUUUCUCGGGCGGGAGUUUUUGACGCGGCUUGACGAGCGGAUCUACGGCGAAUGGCCGGCGAACGUCGAUUGCCCUGGCGACUUUCGCCUGGACAAAGCCCUCGCGAUCUGCACUGCUCUAGAUAAGCAUCGGUCGGUGAGCAGUAUCGCGGAUUUGGAGGGCCACGCGAACGAAAACGGCGCGUAUUCGCGACAUAAUCAGAAGUACGACGAAACUGGGGCGGGGAAGUGGUAUAUUGAGGAACAGUAUUACGGGUUCCUGUUCAUCCAAGCUGGCCUGGCGUUUAACAACUCCGAAGCUGCCCGGAUCGGAAUGAAAAUCUUCGACUGGGGUUUCGACCAGCAGCGGGAGGACGGAUCUUUCGACUGCCCGGACGUGUACCACAGCGCGGGUUUUUUCAUGGAGUCCGCCGCGCGGGCAGCCCUUCUGCUGAAAACGUCCCACUGGGCGGCGCAUCCGAUCUUCCAGCGGUGGCUGCGGAAAGCCGAAAAGCACAUCGCGGCAACGGCGGCGUGGUUUGUCGAAUCGAAAACGGAGGAUAAAGGGUGGAAAUACGACGCGGUUCACACGCACAGGCGCUAUCUAACAGGGACUGCCUUAGGAAUGGCUGGGCUACUAACAGACAACCGUACCCUCAUCCAGAAGUCGAUUAAGUACAUCAAGAGUGGCCUAGAGAUGCAGGACCCAGCGGGCUUUAACUACGAGAGGCAAGGCUAUGACUGCAGCUACCAGGGAAUAGGAUUGGUCUACGCAGCUCGGUACUAUCUCUAUGUCGCUCCGAACAUUCAGAACCGAUCCGAAUCUGAGGAGAUUCGAUCUCGGCUGCUGGAGGCCGGGCGGCACGGCGCGGCGUGGCUGGUGACGCGGGUGGGUGCGGACGGCGCGCUGAACGCGACGGGCAACACGCGCACGGGGAGCGCGCAGGAGGUGGGGCGCAACGGCAAGCCCAAGGCGCUGGCGCGCAAGGACGUGUUCCACGCGCUGCUGUACUGGAGCUGGGUGCUCGGCGACCCCAAGGCGCAUCUCGCCGCGUGGCGCGUCGAGUGGGAACGAACCAGGCGGGUGCGCGACCGGCGCUGUGAUUGCCGCGGGGGGGUGACUGGGGGCAAGGAAGCGCGGGAGGUUGGGAGAAAACUCAUCAUAAAUAAUCCUGGUGGUUCUAAAAAUGUUAGUAUAACUGGGGUUUGAGUGCACUGUACUGUGUGCAGUGCGCGAAUCGAGUUGGGAAGGAUGUGGGGGCUGGAGGUGGGGGCAGGAGGUGGAGGCAGGAGGUGGGGGCACGGGGUGGGGGCAGGGGGUGGGACACAAGGUGACGGUAGGAGGUGGGGUUGGAGGUGGGCCGCAAGCCGCGGCAAGCCCAAGGUGCUAACUGCAAGGACGUGUUCAACACGCUGCUGUACUGUUUUGAAUAAGGCGCGAAGCUGGGUAGGCUAGAACGUGCUGGAGCGGAAAGAGCCCGUGGAGCAAAGGGCCCCUGCUGCACUGGAGCUGGGUGCUCGGCGAGUGGGCGGGGACCAGGCGCGUGCAGGUUAGGAGGUGUGACUGUAACAGGGGGUUCGGGAAUGCUGCUGAUCCUGUAUUGACUGAGCCAGAGGGGGUGGCUGCGGCUGAGAAGCUUGGAGCAGAGGGAGAAGCACAGAAACAGCCGUAGCACAAGAGCAGCUCCAACUUUCUGCAGCUGUGUAGCACUCUAGCUACUCAGGGUUAAGACUCACAUCAGAGUACUGCGGCUGUAUCAGACAAGUCAUGCCUCCUCACAUGUCGCAAUGCAAUCCAUUCCACCACAAGACCCCCCCAUGCUCACACGUUGUACCAUACCACGGAACAUCAAUCUACUGGUAGAAACCCCCCCAGAACACCACCACAUCCCCAGACUCCAGGACCUCUAGCUACAUGGCACCCACCUACCCACCCCACCCA